CGCUGGUGUGGACAGUUGUUUUAGGCUACAGUGCCACCUGAGUGACAGGUAUCAGUCGUUUGUCUGCGAACAAUUAGACAACGCAGCAGACUAACGCAAAUAAUCAAUAUUUGUUUUGUAGAUAUGGUGUAGAAAGGUUUGUGUCCCACACUGAAGAUAAUUUCGUAUAAUUAGCUCACCAGUUGGGCUAGUGUGUGUGGUAGGUGGCUAGCUGUUUGGCUAACUUCGUCACGAGCUGAAAAUUAGCAACGGACGCGGCGGACAGUAGAUGAACGGUGCCGCGACUGUCGGUGACUGUCUGUGAAAUAAACCACCGGGAGUGCCACAAUGAAUGUCGCUAAAAGUGGUUACCGCGUCUUUUCAGCAAACUCGUCCGUAGCAUGUACAGAAUUGGCCAAGAAGAUAACGGAGCGACUGGGAGUUGAACUGGGGAAGUCUGUGGUCUUUCAGGAAUCCAACAGAGAGACUAGAGUGGAUGUAAAAGAAUCUGUUCGUGGACAAACUAUCUUCAUCAUCCAGACAAUACCAAGAGAUGUCAACACAGCCAUCAUGGAGCUGCUGGUUAUGGCUUAUGCCCUCAAGACCUCUUGUGCAAAGAACAUCAUUGGAGUCAUUCCGUACUUCCCCUACAGCAAGCAGUGCAAGAUGAGAAAGAGGGGCUCAAUAGUGUGCAAGCUGUUAGCUUCGAUGUUAGCUAAAGCAGGAUUAACACACAUCAUCACCAUGGACUUGCAUCAGAAGGAGAUCCAAGGCUUCUUCAGCUUUCCAGUGGACAAUUUGCGUGCCUCCCCUUUUUUGAUUCAGUACAUCCAAGAGGAGAUUCCAGAUUACCGAAAUUCCAUCAUUGUGGCAAAGUCCCCAGCUGCAGCUAAAAGGGCUCAGUCGUAUGCAGAGCGCCUGCGUUUGGGUCUUGCUGUGAUUCACGGCGAGGCUCAGUGUUCAGAGUCGGACAUGGCCGAUGGAAGACACUCCCCACCGUGUGUACGCAACACCACAGGACACACAGGACUGGAGCUGCCUUUAAUGAUGGCCAAGGAGAAACCUCCCAUUACUGUAGUCGGAGACGUGGGAGGGAGAAUUGCCAUUAUUGUGGAUGACAUUAUAGAUGAUGUAGGAGACUUUGUUGCAGCUGCAGAGAUCCUGAAAGAGAGAGGAGCCUAUAAAAUUUAUAUCAUGGCCACACAUGGUUUACUGUCUGCUGAUGCUCCACGCCUCAUAGAGGAAUCUGCUAUUGAUGAGGUGGUGGUGACCAACACAGUACCCCAUGAAGUACAGAAGCUGCAGUGUCCCAAAAUCAAGACUGUGGAUGUCAGCAUGAUUCUGGCUGAGGCUAUCCGCCGCAUCCACAAUGGAGAGUCCAUGGCCUACUUGUUCCGCAACAUCACUGUGGACGACUAGUGAGUGUCAGACAGUGAGGGCUGAGGUGGGUCUUAUCGUGACUGAGGGCAGGUGCACAUCUUCCCAGUCCUGUAAAAAAAAAAAAAAAAAAAAAAAAAUGCUAAUGCCAUGUUCCAUGUAUUGUGUAUGUCAGGAUCACAUGUAUCCUAAUUCAUUUAAAGAAUCUAAAGAAGAAACAAAAUUUAAGAUUCACCCAAAGUUAUUUAUCUUCUCAAAAAAAAAAUUGUAAAAAUGUAUUUCUUAUGUUAAGUUGAGAAAUGCAUCUUAUCCUUAUUAAUUAAGGGUGAUAAAAGAGCAAACAAGUGACUUUUAGCUUUGAUGCAUACCAGACAUACUUUGAAGCCUUGGUCCUUUCCUUGUCUUGCUGCUCUCAUUGAUUUUUUCAACACGAACAAAAGAUGCUUUGUAUUUAAGAAGAUAUUUUGUCAUACAGUGUGGUACCUCAUAUUUAAUGACUGAACUUCAUCUGCAAAUAAGAAGAAGAGAAAAUGUGUCCAGUAAAAGGACUUUGUGCUUUUACACCAUACUCUUGCUGGCCCCCAUGAUCAGGGCUGCUUAGCACUGUGAUUACCUUGCAUUUAAUGGGGUGUGUAGUUUGAAACCACUCAGAUAAGACUGGACAAACUCCUGUUCAUUGGUGCCCAAACUAUAUUUUUAUGCAGGUUUCUUUUUUUGCACCAUUUGUGGGACUGUUUGGUAAAAUGUCCUAUGUGGCAUAAGACAUUUUUCAUCAUCUGCAUCAAUUAAUGGGCCAUCCAUUCAUGUUGUAUUUAUUAGAUGGUCAGUUCAACAAAAUUAUUACAACUUACCCUUUUAGCUUAGCUUUUACCUGCAGCUGUUGUAAGAAAUCAACCUCUGAGAUUCCUUCUAUUACCCCAGUGCAAUGGAGGUGAGUGAAACUUGGUGUUCAGAUCAUCAGUAAAUUUGGUUUUUAGCUCAAAGAAAAACUCAACCAUGUUUAGGGCGAGGUCUGUGGGUUAUGGAAAGGCAAGUAUUUAAAAGAUCUGAUCACCACAGAUGAAGUUCGCAUCCACUCUUGUGCUAGCAACAGAAGUCUAACAGUGAAUGGCUGCAUAUUACUGGCAGUAAGUGGGAAGUAAGUUUUUUGUGACUGGGUGAACUGACCCUUUAAUAUACUACACUUCUUUAGAAAUUGACUGAACAUACAUAGUACAAUGCUGUGCUUAUUGUAACUGGCUGAUGAUAACUGUUAUCUGACAGUGACACCACACUACACGUUAGUUGCGUACAUGGCUAAAAGGAGGACAUGUUUUAGCUAGUUUACUACAGAGUCUGCAUUGUUUUUCAAAGCAGAUCAUAAUCAACUGCUUUGGUUUAGUUAUUGUUUUUGUCACAGCUACGGUCACUAUCUGGUGAUGUGACUGAAAGCCUGGAGGGAUUUGAAAAGUCUGCUGGCUAGUGGUGGGAUACAUGCUGCCUACUUUACUAGGUUAUGUUAAAACAAUUGUUUUACUUGUAAGUUACCCAGACUAUGGUCAUAUAUUUUUAAAAUCAAGCAGGAGUCAUGUUCUCGUUCCCCCUGAUAGGUGUCCACAUUUGCUAUUUUUUGGUGUCAAUCUAAAUGUGAAUUUUUAACAGAAUUGUUCAUGAGGGCAGUGCAGGUCUUGAAACUUGAGAAUGAUCUCAGCAUUUGAAUCUAACAGAUCAGUAGACUGCCUUUGGAUUGAUCCAUGCUUUCAGGUGCAUUACCUUGAAGCGACAACUUUGACAGAAUCGAAUACGGUGGGCUACUUUAAGUUGUUUAUUAUGCUGUAUUAAAGGGAAUGGAAACUGAUGCCUGCCUGGAAAACAAUACAAUAAAAAAACUGAAAACUUGUCAGCAGCGGUUUAUAGUAAAUUGACAAAAACAUGUGAACCGCAUGGUCUUGAUGUGGGUCUCUAAAUUGCUGUGGUGUCUCCCUGUGAGAACCUGCACUUUUAAAUGUGCACCUUUCUGUGCCCUCUGAGAUAAAUUUCAGAGUGAAGCUCAAGGGGAAAUUAGUAUACUUCUAUGCUGUUUGAGCCUUUUGCUCAGGGAAAUAUGCUUUAAAAGCCAAUGCACAAUUACUUGUUUUUGUGUUCUUGUUGGUGGAAAAAAAAGUUUGUUGAGAAUGUCUUCCAUACAGCUGUACUGCACGCCUUUGCUUUUUACCAUUGGUUUAAUGUUGUUAUAGAUACUAGAAUCCUUCUGAAGUUGUUCUCUUUUGGUAUUUGACGCUGGUGUCGAGUUGGCAUAAAGUUGGAGGUUGUCUGUAUCUAAUGCUGAACCAAUUCCAGCUCAGAUUUUAUGUCAUUAGCAUAUUUCAUGAUGUCUUCUCUGUAUGUACUCUUCCCCUGAUGUCAAGAACGUAUAGUUCAGACCCUGACACCCCUCUGUCAACCUCCACAGCAUUUGUCAAUGUCUAUGAAAAUAAAACUCUUUCC